AUGGAUUUUCAAGAUAGAUCAUCUUCAAGAAUUGCCACCGACAAGGUUGCCCUGUGGUUGAAACAGACAGCGGAAGAGCAUUUCCGUGUAAAAGUUACGGUCAAAUCCCGUGGUCGAAUUCUCGAUGCCGACGACUUUGUGAGGCUGGCAAAACGUAUCAAGGAAUGGUGGAGGCGCCAUAUCAAAAUCCCCGGCGACCUCCUAGAGCAGCUGCACUUGGCGAUAUAUGGGCGCCUUCAAGAUGCCUUCGCAUACGCCCCGAGGACGGCAGACGAAGAACCUACGCAGGAAUUCAUAAAUCACAUAUACUUUAUUCAGGUAUUGAUGGACGUCCAUGACAUCCUGACGUACCCGAGUUUGGACCAAAAGUUCAAUGGUGUGAGGCGAGAAGAUAGUGAGUGGGCGUGUGUUGUUCAUAUGUUUCAACCCUACGGCCGCUCCUUCUUACGUGAUUGGGGCUUGCAGAGGCGAGCUUGA